GAGUUAAAAUAUGGCGGCUUUCUUGAUGUUUACGUAAACAUCAACAAAAAUAGCCAAAUUUGGGUACAUCAUUUGCUUUCUGUAGUAAUCGUUGAAAAAAGCUUUCACUCAAGUGACAAUAAAUGCUAUGAAAUUACCUUUGAUCGUUCCCUUAAUAUUUAUUGAAUAUCUUAUACAAAUUUCUUGAAUUUUUAAACAAUGGAUGAUUUUACGGUCGAUUUAGAUCAACUUUUGGAUGAUAUGGAGAGCGAAGUGGUUAGAGCACCGACGGCUCCUUUAAAACCAGCUUAUCCUAAUCGUCCUCAACCGCCUCCUUACUCAUUCAUAGCAGCCGCUCUUAACAAUCAACCAGAAAUAUUAAGAGCAACUCCCGACGAAGAUAGAGUAAUUGGUCCCCUUUACUCUGAGUUUGUUACUUCUGAAAUGCCACCAGAUAUAGUUCCACCAAGUGCGGCUUCAUUUUCUGAAAGUAAAAAGCAUAUUGAAGAGGAGAGCGAUGAGAAAGACAAUAAUACUCAAAUAAACGAUGAAACUAAUGAUAGCAAUUUUACUAACUUCAAUGAACAAACUCAAACUAACAAAAGAGAAGUAACUUCAAAUCAAUUUGACGAUUUCCAGUGUCCUGAUUUCAAUAGCAUUCAACCUAAUUUAUUAAAAGUAGAGGAAACCGAAACCUUCGAUAAACCAUCAAUUGUUAUGGAUUCUGAAGAGAAAGUUAUCGAGAAAGAUCAGAAUGAUGAGGCAUCUCCUAUUAAUUUAGAUUUGGACAUACUCGCCCCAGAUGAAAUCCAAAUGGAAAAACCAAAAAGACCAAGCAUUCUACCUGUUCAAAAAAUUGAUGCAUUAAUCAGUCUAACCACCAAUGAGGAAGUUGGAGCUGAGGCGAAUAUUCAGGAAACAAAAAGCAAUGCAAGCGUUGAUAGUGUUGAAAGGUUUUUAAGUUUUUCAUCUUGCGGCCCAAUUGAACCUCCGAAAACUCCUGCUGUUGAGGGCGAUAAGAGGCUACCUGCAAUUCGACCCUCUUCACUAGAAAUUUCGAGUCAAAUACCUGCAGAGGAUGUCACUUCCGUGCCUAAUGAAGAAGUGUCAACGAUAGCCCAUACUGACAAUACAUCUGAGCUGGAAACCGUAGAGGAACCAGUUAUAGAAAGUGAGAAUAUUGAGGGAGCUCAAGCGCAAAUAGAUAUUCCUUCGUCAACAUUAACGGAAAUACCCUUAACGGAAUUAGGCAUUAUCGCUCCAGAAUGGGUUAAGGACGCUGACGCGCCAAACUGUAAGCAAUGUGAAAUAAAGUUUACUUUUACGAAAAGGCGUCACCAUUGCAGGGCUUGUGGUAAUGUUUUUUGUGCAGCCUGUUGUAGCUUCAGAGCCAAAUUGCCUUUAAAUAAUAACCGUGAUUGUCGUGUUUGCUCAGUUUGUAUGCAAGAUAUGAAUAGAGCUCAAGCUUUUCUAACGCCAACUCCGACAACACCUAAUUCAAUUAUUCGUAAAGAUACCUCUCAGAGGUCCAAUCCUAAAUCGGUUAUGUUUAGUGACGGAAUUAAACCGGGCGGAGCUCUAACUGAUCUAGAUGCAACUCCUCCUCCAAGACCUCACGCAAGAAGUUCUAACGGACCCAGAAAAUUAUUCGGUUCGAAAUCGAAUUCUAGUAUGAGAAUUCCACCAAUAGGAAGAUGUCAAUCGUUGAUUAAAGAGAAUUGUUUACCACCUGUCGUUGGUGUAGAUUUAAAUGAAGAGGAAAUAUCUAGAAUGUACUCGGAGAAAGGGGAAGAAGGAUUACAGUUCCUACUUAAUAGUAACUUAAUUGUUCAAGUUGAUUUAGUUGAUCUAGACUGCUGCUUGCGUAAAAAGUGUUGGAUUUUUUCAACUGAUGGCAUGUUAUCGGCUGCGCAACCGGAAGUAUUACUCAUAAUACAAAUGAUCGACAAUGAACAACUUCCACCUAAGGACAUAUUCGAAUUUUUAGAACAUUUGUAUGAAAAAAGUCUGACGGGAGAGCAUAUAGAAGAACUUCAAGUUGUUCCGACACAUAAUUCAUCUUCCUUUCUCGAUUCUCGAUCGCAUGCCGGAUUCUUAUUUGUAAAACCUACAUUACAGUGUCUUUGUAAAUUGAAAGAACCAAGACAUCCUUAUUUGGCCGCAAUUCUUGUUGAGAGGCCGGAGAUUGUUUGGGCAAAAUUGUUACCUUUAAGAUUACUUUUCAGAUUAGGGGCUGAAUUUAGAUACUAUCCUUUCCCAUUGGUCAACAUCAGAGAUAGACCACCUGUAUUUGGUGAAGUGGGAAAUUCUAUUGUAAGACUAUUGGCAGAUGUUCGCAAUUUGCAAUAUACUUUAGUUACUAUAUCUGGAGCUAAGCUACAUCUACGAGAACAUGUGACCGAGUUGAUUCUACCAUUUUCGUCCUACAACCAGGUUAUGAAAGUUCUCAGAGAUUGUGAAGAACAUGUUGUAGCAAUGGCAACUAGUUUUUCAAACGAAGCUGACUCACAUCUUGUGUGCAUGCAAUGUCUAGAAGGAGUCGAUUUAGGAACUUAUAGCACCCAAGCCAUAAAUAUUGAGAAGAGAGCUAGAAGAUUGACAGCGGCAACUUUUGUUGUUUUCAAUGGUAGCUUGAAAACCCAAGGUCCUGCCAAAGCAAGAUCCGUAAUUGUGGAAGACGGAGUGAUGAUUCAAUUAACUGCUGAUGCUAUUAAAGAGUUAAAAAGCAGCUUAGUUGCUACCAGACCAUUUAAAGCGUCUUGUGCUGAACAGGAUCAAGUUUUGGUCACAUGGUCACACGAACAAGACGAAGGAAACUCAAAAAUCGAAAGCGAAGUCGAUGGUAAAGCACUUGAUGGAGUAAAAUCACUUCAAAUAAAAAAGCUGGAAGAUUUAGUCAGUUCCAGCGGAAAAUUCGCCAUUCGAUGGACAAACGUCUAUGUGUUUAAAUCCGACGAUGCAGGAACUCCAAUCGGAAAGACCUGCGAAUAUUCAGAAUUACCAAAACUUGCAGAAGCCCUAGCCCAUUGUUCAGCUUUGGCUUUGAUGAAAUUUUCUGAAAUGCUUGUAGAUGAAAAAAUUAAAAGAAUAGGCGUUCGGGUGAAUAUUUCAUCUGAAAAUGUAGGAUUUCAAGUCGGUGGUAACGGAUCAUUAAUAAAAAAUGAUUCAAUAUUAUCCAGUUUGGACGAGCAUCUUGUACAAAUAAUGUACAAUGCUGCUUCAGUGGUAAGCGAAAGCAUCGAAAUGGAAUUUGUUUUAUAUAUCGUGGAAUGA